AUGCAGGGAGAAACUUCCAGCUCGUGCGGAGCUGACGAGAGUUCUGAGGAGGAAGAGGUUGCAGAGGCUCCACCUCCCAGAUCUCGCAGGCGCAGCGCCCGGUUGCGCAACACCGAGAAGGUGGCAAGGCCUGCCAGAGGAGCGAGGAGGAAGGCAAAGCCCCCACGGCCGUCAUCACCAGAGGAAACAAGUUCUGAAGAGGAUGAGGCUCCACAUCAGGGGCAGCUACCCCAGCGCAGAGCUCCGCCCAGCAUGUCCGUGAGGCGACCUGGCCGGCGCCGGUCAAAGCUGAUCGAGGGUGGCGGGGAAUUGUCCAGCGAUGACUAUGAUGAUGAAGACAUCAACGAAUUCAUCGCACGGAGUGAUGAUGAAGAGCCAGCAGAGUCAGAGAGGGAAACCUCAGCAGACGAGGAAGAGCAGCCCUCAGCAAAUGAGGAAGAGGAGCCUGAAAAGCACAUGGCCAGCAGAUCACGGGGCGCAGGGCAGAAUCGGAGGGCUGCUGCGGCCAGGACUUUAGGAGCAGCAGCAAAGGCGAAGCAGACAGAGAAGGCCCGACAAGUGGCGAAGCAGCGGCGUUUGUCGAGAGCCGGCUCUGGCGCAGGAUCCACGCCUCAGGGCCCGCCAGAGCCUCAGGGCCUGGAGGACUCCAGCAGUGGGGAUGACAAGUCCCUGUCGGCCAGAUCUGCCCGCCUCAAGGGGAAGCAGCCGGCCGCGCCAGAGCCGCCGGAUGCAAAUGAGCCGGGGCCCAGCGCAGAGCAUGCCAGGUGGCGGCCAACUCAGCAGCCAAUUCAGCAGCCGGCACGCCAUGCGGCGCUGGCCGCAGCACUGGCGGACGACAGCGAAGAAGAGCAUGAGGAGGUGGAAGUGGACCUGCAGUCCCUAAGCCGGGGGAGUAAGAGGCGGCGGCUGCGCAAGGCAAGUGGGGCGGAUGUCACGCCGGUGCUGGGGGCGGCCGAGGCGGCCAACCGGCCCGCCGUUCGCACACGCACGCGGACGCUGCUUAGCAAGCCCAGCAUUCUGGAGCAGCUGAAGCAGCACCAGGCUGCGCACUCCAAAGGCAGGGGUGAUGGGAAGCGGGGCCAGGAGAAAUCGGAUGAGCUCAUAGAUGGAGAUGAUGGGCUGCAGGAUUAUACUUUGUCAGAUGAUGACAGCGGUGGAGGCAAGGGCGGAGACUUUGUCAUCUCAGAUGAUGACGAGGAAGGGGGGCCCAGCGCCAGUCCAGCAGGUGAGAGCGAGUCAGAAGAAAGCCUCCAGGACUUCAUCGAGAAGGAUACUGCCGAAGAGGCUGGCACCGGACCAAGGUCUGCUGUGAAGAGUCCCUUGGAGGGCCUGGGGCUGCCAUACCAGCGCCCAGAGCUGAAGGCAUCUUUCAACCUCUACCUGGACUACCUGCUGUACAGCCUGGCCGACCCAGAGUUUGAGGCAAAGCUGGAAGCCGACCGGCACCAGCGGCAGCAAUACCUGCAGGCUGUGAAGCGGAUCGAGGAGGAGGAGCUCGCCACAUGGAGGGAGCACUACGCGAAGAGCGAUGCAUGGAAGCGGGCGGUGCCGGGCUUUGUGCCGGCGUUGGAGCAUCUGCCGGGGCUGUCUGUGGCGGAGGGGCACUACGAGCCUUCCCUUAACGCGCACUACGGCGAAGAUGACGAAGACGGUGUGCGCGAGUGCGCUGCUUGCGAGCGGCUGCACAGCCGGGCCACCGUGGAGCUGUUUUUCAAGGGCCGCCCCUACUGGCCAGACUACAAGUACGGGACCAAGUCUCUGGCGGACAUGGCGAUCCGCGCUGACGACUAUGACUCGGAUUUGGAAGGGGAGGAAGAAGAGCUGAAGGAGCGGAGCUAUGUGGUGGGGCAGCACUGUGCGGUGCGUGUGCAGCUGUACCAUGCGCUGUGGCACUACAGGCGGCGCAUGCGCGGGAAGCUCAAGAAGCAGCUUAAGAAGUCCCGGCAGUACCUCGAGAACGUCAGGAAGCCGAGUUCCUGGAUCGACGCGGCGGUGAAUGUGACGGAGCAUUCGCGACUGUACAGUGCGCUGUUCUACAAUUUCCAGGGCCUCAAAUGGGCCGCCCAGAACUAUUCCCAGGGCAGCACCGGCGGCGGCUACUCCCGCGCCGGCGCCUCUGUGCGCAAGACCACCGAGAAGGUGACUAAGCUGCUGUACAACCUCAACUCGGACUCCGAAGGAGAUGAAGGCAGCGACAUCGAGUUCUCAGACCUGGAGGAAGACGAGGACGAAGGUGACACAGGCGCAGAGGCGGAGGGCGAAGCUGGACCUGGGAACCAUGAGGGCAGUGCAGAUGAGGACAAUGCAGAGGUGGAGGAAGCACCGGCGGAGGGGGCGGAAGCAGUAGCCUCAGAUGAACCGCCCGAAGGUGAUUUCGACAGCCGGCAGCUCAACAGCCAGCCGGUGCGGCGGCGGCUGCUGCUUGAUGACUCAGACGAUGACGACGUGGCUGAUGUCAGCGCUGACAACACCGCAUUGCCGCGCGCGGGCGCACCAGCGGCCACGCAGGAGCCGACAGGCGAGCCGUCAAACGGUAAUGAUGUCAGCGCAGCGAGCGCUUCGGCAGGCGCCGGUGGAGCGGCAGGGACAGCGCCAGUUGCUGCACUGGCGGCGCAGAGUGCAGCAGGGGUGCAAGCUGCCUUGAAUCGUGCAAAGGGCGGUUCACCUAACAGCAGAACAGCUUCCGGCAGAGCAGGCGCCGUGGCUGCAGGUUCGGGUGGCCCCGGCUCUGUGAGUCGCCAGCGAGGCAUCCUGUCGUACUUCUCGCCCAAGAAGAAAGCCAGCUCGUGAUGUGGUUGUGGGUGUGAACGUAUUACUAUGACAGCUUUGUAUCAGGGGGAACGAGUGAAGUCGGGUGUGAUGGCUUGGAUUCCUGGGUCUGGUCGCCACGCCCAUGGACUAGGCUUCAAGAGCCUGGCUCUUGUUGCAAAAUUGCCGCAUGUGAAGAUAAGAAUUUACAGAGACUGGCAACUGAUACCGUGAAUAUGGUGCUGAAUGCUUAUCUGGACUAGUUGUGACUGUACAUGUACAUGUUUUUAUGAUGGUAUUUUAUGCAUAUAGCC